AUGACGUAUAAAAGAAAGGGUCAGAACUUGAUGCGCGUGCGCGGGUACAAGGAGAAGGGAAAUAUUGACACCCCUCUCGAACUGGCCAUCCGCAACGAGACUGAUCGCUACAGUUUGGCCAUUCUUGCCAUUGACAGUCUUAAGUCUGUUCUCGGCAACAAGGGCUCGUCGACUCGCGAGUAUCUGCUCAACACUCGUACUGCCGCCAUGAACUACGCCUACGAGACUGGUCAAGACCCCGACAACUACGUCAACUGGACCUGGGACUACUAG